GAGAUUUCAUUGGGCGACGGCGCGGCCAGCGUGUCGUGUCGUCUUGUGCUUAUAUAGCUGUCCAUCUUGUGUGUUGCGCUAAGCCCCGUGUUCAUAUAUUUUUAUCGUCUUGCUCUCUCGAGAGCGAGGAGGAGAUUAGUUCUUAUUGUGAAGCUCCAGGGCAAGCUUUGCUACCUCCAUAGCUAGCUCGUAAGCAAGCAGCUACCUGCAGCGAUGGACAAGGAGGAGGAUGACCUGGAGGCGACGCUGCUGGCCGGCGACGUCAAGGCGGCGCCGCAGGCCACCGCCGGGAGCACGUACACUCUCGUCUGCGCCCUCCUCGCCUCCCUCACCUCCAUCAUCUACGGCUACAAUCGUGGGGUGAUGAGCGGGGCGCAGAAGUUCGUGCAGGACGACCUCGGCGUCAGCGACGGGCAGCUGGAGGUCCUCAUCGGUGCGACGAGCGUUUACUCCCUCGUCGGCUCGCUGGCGGCGGGCUGGGCGUGCGACUGCGCCGGCCGGCGCCGCACCUUCGCGCUGUCCGCGGCCAUGUUCCUCGCGGGCUCCGCGCUCACCGCCACGGCCAACGGGUACGCCGCGCUCAUGGCGGGGCAGCUCGUCGCCGGCGUCGCCUGCGGGUUCGGCCUCGUCGUCACGCCCGUCUACAUCGCCGAGAUCGCGCCGGCGUCCUCCCGAGGGUUCCUGUCCUCCAUCCCCGAGAUCGCCGGCAACUCGGGAAUUCUGCUCAGUUACAUCGCCGACUUCGCGCUCGCCGGCCUCCCCAAGACGCUCAACUGGCGCCUCAUGAUCAGCAUCGGUGCCGUCCCGCCGCUCUUCCUCGCGGCCGCCGCCAUGCUGGUCAUGCCGGAGACACCGCGCUGGCUCGUCCUCCACGGUCACCCCGACGAGGCGCGCCGCGUGCUCGCGCGCACCGCCGGUGACGCCGACCGCCGGCUCCAGGAGAUCGUGACCUCCGUCCAGGAAGGCGCGAAGCAGGCAGGGUCCGGCUCCGGCGGUGCGUCGUCGUCGACGGGCGUGUGGCGCGGGAUCCUGCUCCGGCCGACUUCGGCCGUCCGGCGCGUGAUGCUCGCCAUCCUGGGACUGCAGUUCUUCCAGCAGGCGUGCGGCGUGGCGGCGCUGGUUUUGUACGCGCCACGGGUGUUUAGCCACGUCGGCAUCACCUCCGAGCGCGCCGUGCUCGGCGCCACCGUCCUCCUCGGCGCCACCAAGACGGUGUCCAUCGUCAUCCCACUCUUCCUUGCCGACCGCCUCGGCCGCCGCCCGAUGCUGCUCGCCAGCGCGGGGGGCAUGGCCGCGUCGCUCUUGGUCCUCGCCCUCUCGGUGAGCGCGCCCACCACGGCCGCAACCUCGUGGUGGGCCGCGGCGACGUGCGUGGCGGCGGCGGCGGCGUUCAUGGCGACGUUCUCGCUGGGGUUCGGGCCGGUGAUCUGGAUGUACGGCUCUGAGAUCUUGCCGCUGCGCCUGCGCGCGCAGGGCACUGGCAUCGGGACGGCGGCUAACCGGGUGAUGAGCGCGGCGGUGGGGAUGACGUUCAUCUCGAUGUACGAGACGGUGGGCAUGGCGGGAAGCUUCUACAUCUUCGCGGCGUUCUCGGCGGCAGCGUGGGUGUUCGUCUACGCCUGCCUGCCGGAGACCAAGGGUAGGAGCCUCGAGGAGAUGGAGGCGCUCUUCGACGCCGGCGCCGCGCCCUCGCCACAGGCGACAACGACGUGAUCCAGACGUCGAGCACGCUUGUGCACGGGCACAUGCAUGUGUGGACGCGGGGAAGACGGCACGUAAGAUGCAAGGGGGAGUAAGACCGGUCAAAGUCAAACAGAGGAGGAGCUAGUAUGAUUGUUAGCACGAAUAUUUUAAUGACGAGUAAUUUUUAUUUUGAUUGGAAUGGUUAGUUCUUGGUUGUUCAUAUGCUUAAUAGAGAGCCCCAUUUAUAAAUUUUGUUUGGAAUUUUCGAUA